GCGUUGACUGUCCUUGCUCGGAUACUUAAUACUUGCGUUUUUGUUGCAAACGAAAACAUUGGGGUUUUCUUGUAAAAUACAUCGGCUUGACUCCACGGCUUUGUCUUCUGAUGGCAACGUUCCUUCACGAUAAAUCCCAUACCGUGAUUUGUUUCACAAUCAACAGCUUCUAAGGCAGCAGAAUGAACCUAUCGACUAUCUCUGAUUCCCAACCAAAGGUAGAAAUAAAACACCACUCUUUAAUCGUUUGAAGAUUUCUAACCGUCUAUCAUCAUUUAAUUAUGCUCGCGACAAACACUCGUCCUCAGUUACAGACUGCGUGCAAGAUUACCCUACAGACAAGCAAGUCGGAACAUUUCUGCUCUCCCCCUUCGUCCUUCAUUCCGUUUCACCCGCCAACGCCCAACCUCGGACUGAAACUUCAUCCAUUCCUUUAUCACUCAUCUCACUCUCUUCAAACCUCAAAAGCACCAGCUUUCUCUCUCCGCCUAACCCACUGUCUGUACAUGAGCUCUGCUUGUUCACUUCCCUUCAGCAACAAACAUCACGUGAGUGACUCGGUCUGGUGGUCUAGUGGUAUGAUUCUCGCUUAGGGAAAACCCUACAGCAUAGCUUGCGAGAGGUCCCGGGUUCAAUCCCCGGCCAGACCCUUCCUUUUGCUGACGAAGUGUUUCUUUUCGCUGUCGUUGUUGGGCUGUCGAUGUUAUGAGGCCAUUGAGUUUGGGUCUCACCGAACCUGUAGUCACUUGCAAUACCCCUCUUUCGUUUCAUACACGCUUGCAAACAUGCCUGUAGAGGUUACUGAAAUCUCUGCCCUUUCUCAAUCAGUCUUGUUCCGGUGACACCGACAAUUGGUUGAUAGAUGUGUCGCAUAGUAAUUGGUGAUGGAUGUUGCGCUUGCAUGCAGACACUUUUCGUGGUGGAGACAUUUCGGCGCUAGUCUGUUUAGGUAGGUCACCCACCUGUCGCGUUUUGCCCAUGCAUCAUAGGGCGCAAGAAAAGACUUAGCCUGAAUCAAAGCUAGCAAAAUAAACACAGUAAAGGCUAUCAUUAGUUUCUACCAGUCUGCCUAAGUAGUUUUGUCACCUACGAUCGAAGUCUGAAGUUUUCUUACUUCCCCUGGUCUCAGUGAGUGCACCUUUCAACGGCUCCAGCUGCAAACAAAAAAAAGUAAACAACCCGUGCAGGCCAUCCCAGCCCAUCUCAUCCAAACAUAACUCAACCAAUACAAACUUGACGUAAGACAAGGCUUCACAAACCGCGUUUGCCUCCGUUUGUUGCUCAUUUUUUCCAUUUUUAUUCUUUACUCGAAUAACCAGUCCAAGUCAAUCUGUUUGUGUCUCCCGUGUUUCUGUCAUCAUGAACGCGAUUUUCAACUUCCUGUCAUCACCGCUCAAGCAGCCCGCAGAGAGACCUCCACCCUCCAGCAUGCCACUUACCGCCUCGCGACCGAGUUUGUCGCCUAGAGAGCAACGUCUUGCCAAACGCGCUGCGGAUAGGUUCUCGGAGCCGGCUGGUCGCAGUCCCCGGUCGCGUCUGAGUAACGUUUCUCUUGCAUCCACAGACCACGAUAACACCGCCGAGAUCUCUGUCGUCAGUCGACGAAGAGAGACCAUCGCCAUGGCCCCGCCGCUGAGUGUUAAGAAGAAGCGCAUCAGCACAUCGACGCGCUCGUCCCCGAUACACAAGCCAUCAAAGUCUAACGGAUCUCGCGUCGCAUCGUCGCCUGCCGUCCGAUCUUCCCCUAGAGGGCGGGAAUCGGCCGAAGGAUCCCCGGCCUCACUCCCCAAGAGAGUUUCUCAUAUCGCGCCAUCGCCUGCUGUUCGAUCCUCUCCUAGAACGCGAGAAUCGAUCGGAGCACCGCCAGCCCUCGCCUCGUCACCAGCCUCAGUCCCCAAGAGAGUUUCCCGCGUCGCAUCGUCGCCCGCCAUCCGAUCCUCCCCUAGAACGCGAGAGUCGGCCGAGCUUGGAACGCCGGCCUCAAUCCCUGUUUCUCGAAGCAGCGAGACCAAGAGUCCUAGAAAGUCUUCCAGGGCCCCGCGCGCAACGAGACCGCAAACAAAUGGGACGGAGAGGACGCUCGAGGAACAGCCCGAAGAGGUGCAUCUUGAAGAAGAGGAAGAAGAGGUGGAAGAGGACAGGCUAUACGAGUUCGUGAGAAUUGCGGAUCAUCGCUGGGUUGAGGACGAGAAGAAGGAGAACAUGAUCGAGCUUCUCAUCCAGUGGAAAGAUGGUGAGAACUCUUGGGUCUCAGAGGAGCUUCUUCACACCGACAACCGACAGGCCCUGUUUGCGUACUGGCGCUCGCAACCUGGUGGAAGACCUAAGAACCCCGAGGACGAUGACGUGUACCAGGUUUUCGCGAUCAGGAAGCAUCGCGUUCGGAAUGGUGUGCCGCAGGUCCUGGUCGAGUGGUUAGGCUACGACACACCCGAAAACACCUGGGAGAACCAGGAUUCUAUCGAGGAGGCCGCACCCAAGCUCGUCGACGCCUAUUUUGACCAAGUCAAGGGCAAGGCCAAGAUUCCGGCUAAGACUAAGAGUCAGGCGAAGAGCCAACCGAAGAGUAAGGCGAGGCCCAAGGCUCCCGCGAAAAACAAGGCGUCCGCGCCCGCGAAGACCAAGGCUCAGGCCAAGACUCCGGCUCGAGGCGUGACUAGAAGCAGCGCAAGGGUGUCGAAGCGAUAGAACUACACUGGAUUACGAUUUGAAACUGGUCGGUUGUACUGGCUAAAAACGGGUGUGGAAGCCAUGUUUAAAGGCUUGUGAUGAUGGAAAUGAACAUUGUUUGGACUGUAAUUAUUAUCGGAGUGGAAACAAUAAGCAAACUGCAUUUUUUGUUACAUGUGUUUUGUGUGGAAUCGCCUUAGCCUGCCUUGACCCUAAGCGGUGA